AUGGCCAACAAAAGACUCGCUUACUUACAUGAACUAUGGAGUGAGAAGUCACAGAAGCAGCCGACAUCGCAGAAGCAACCAGCAAUGGACGACAAGAGCGAUUCAUUGAGGCGGUACUAUCUCGUGCGAUUGCUAUGCUGGGACAAAAUAUCGUUGUCAACUACGUUGCUCAACGAUUCCAAAACGGAGUCGGCUCGUCUCGCCAAAGAUCUGCGCCAGAGAAGAAGCCUUACAAAGACUAGCGACGCCAGCAAUUCAUUUCCGUCAACAUCACAGGCCACCAGUACAAUAACGACUACUGCUCCGAGUGUGUCUUCGGUGAAGCAGCCUACGGGGAGUAUGGACGCUUCUUCCAUUAAGGCUCAGACACCUCCGGUGGUGAAAGCAACUGCUUCAACUCCAGUUCACACGGCGACCUCCGCAUCUCCUUCAGCUCGAGUCGUCACGGCCAAGCCUACAUCUGAUCGAACUUCUGUUAAUACGGCGAAAUCUGCACCGCCUACACCUGCAGUUAGCUCGGAGAAGCCUGCUGCUUCUAUCACAACUACACCUCCAGUUAGCACGGCGAAAGCUCCUUCUCCUAACUCUUCGGUCAGCACGGCAAACAGCAACUCUACGAAACCUCCUUUAACGCCUCUGCCUCAGCAAGUCUCCGCAUCACCUCAGCCGCCACCGACUCCUUUUCCUCAACCGAAUCCUACGCCAACGGUAUAA